AUGUCGACGGUCGGAAAUUCAACCAAUAUAUUUUGGCAAGAAUCCCCGGUAGGGAAGCUUGAAAGGCAGAAACUCCUUCACCAAAAGAGUUGUGUUGUAUGGAUCACAGGUCUCAGUGGAUCAGGUAAAAGCACACUUGCAUGUUCAUUAAGUAGGGAACUCUUUACAAGGGGAAAUCUAUCUUACGUACUCGACGGAGACAACCUUCGACACGGAUUAAACCAGGAUCUCGGUUUCAAGGCCGACGACCGAACAGAAAAUAUACGCAGAGUUGGUGAAGUUGCAAAGCUGUUUGCAGAUGCUGGUUUAAUCUGCAUAGCCAGUCUAAUAUCUCCCUAUAGGAAAGACCGAGAUUCAUGCCGUGCUAUGUUGCCGGAUGCCAACUUUAUAGAGGUUUUCAUGAACAUGCCUCUGACAUUGUGUGAAGAAAGAGACCCGAAAGGCCUUUACAAGCUCGCACGUGCCGGAAAGAUUAAAGGUUUUACAGGCAUAGAUGAUCCUUACGAACCGCCAUUGAACUGUGAGAUCGAAAUAAAGCAGAAAGCCGGAGUUUGUCCGACACCAGGAGCUAUGGCAGGGGAAGUAGUUACGUACUUGGAGGAGAAAGGAUAUCUGCAACAUCAGUAA